CCUUUUGAAUCACCAUGUAAUUUCAGCGCAUCCACUUUCGUCGGGGGAAACCCUUUCGAAAAGAGGAUUCGGAGGCGCUACGUCCCUAUCUUUUGGAAAUCACGCGCUAAGAAAAAGGAUGGAAGGUGCCAUUGCCGGUGGCGUGCAGGCCUCAGAAAAGGGCUUAGGUUCAGGUGCUCAUGUUGAAGAGCUAAAAGCCGCAAACUCGGGAUUGUCGGCGCGUCCAGUAGCUUCAGUUCCAAUCAUAGAGUUUCCUCAUGAAGAUACCCCCGCGCUAACAGCCCACGAGCAACUCCCACCGGUCAACCCAAGCGUUUCGGGCACUCCAGCCUCUGGAGAGCUUGAAGUGGUGCAAUUGGAUCCAGAAAGCCUUGAUAAGAGCGCCGCGGUGACCCCAGCUCAACACAAAGCCAGUUCACAAGCAGGCCCGAACCCCCCUACGCCAGUGCCAAGCACUUCGAUCAAUCCGGCGCCUGAGACAAAAGACCCCAAGGAGAUUACCAAUACCAAUGCUCAGGGGUCAACUGUAGAGUCUUCCCCUGCAAAGGUAAACGAGCCAACCGCUGAAAGAACUGGCGAGACACAGCCAACAGCAGUUGCUACGACUCCCGAGAGUCAAAGUGGCCAUGAGGCAUCUGUGGCUAGUUCACAAACCAAAGACGCUAAAGAUGGAGUAAAUGCGCAAGUUGAAGAUACUCCUAAUUCUUCAGGUAGAGGAGCAACAGUACCAGUUGACUCAGAUGCAAAAAACACUCACAAUGCAGCAGAGAAUCCAGUGCAUGAAGAUGCCUCCGUAAAAUCUUCAGAGAAUAAAGAAAAAACCGAGAUUAAUUCCACUCCAGGAAAAACACAGCAGGAUGCCGCUGAAAGUCCCGUUGGUGGCUCAAGUGUGGACAUGUCUCAAGACAAGGGCUCUGCGCAAACUCCAGUUGGCUCUCAGGAGACAGGGGAGAAGGCCUCUGGGGCGCAAAUCGAUCGACCGGAGAGCGAUGAGGCGAAAGCUCAACACGAGACCGCCGAAAGAGAAAAAGCUGGCCCAAGUUCUGGAACGUCUCAAGAUACAGGCUCGACGCAAUCUCCAGGUGGCCCCAAGGAAGGAGAACAGGCCUCCGGAACACAAACUGAAGCAGAACACAAUAAGGAUAAUACCCAACGAGAAGCCAAUGAAAGAGAAACGGCUGGCACAGGUACUGGAGCGUCCCAAAAUAAAGGCUCCACGCAAGUUCCAGAUCGCUCUCAGGAAGGAGGAGAGCAGGCCACCAGAGAACAAACCAAUCAACCAAAGAACAAUGAGGAGAGAGCCCAACAAGAAGCUGCUGGAGGGCAGAAUGUUGGCCCAGGUGUUGGAAGAUCUCCAGAUACAGCAACCCCUCAUGGAGAUGGACAACAAACUGAUAGAUCUACAACUUCAAAUCCAAAGAAAGGGGAUCAAGAUACAAAUGAUAAUUUGAAGGGGAGUGGAAGUGAUUCCAAUAGCCAACAUCCCGAAGGAAGUGGGAACGAAUAUCAUCAGAGCGGACAACUGGUCUCAAUACAGAAUAACGAGGAGGUAGCCCAAAGAAACUCAGAGCGGGACACAAAUAGGGAAAAAAUUGAGAAAAUUAAGCAGGCUAGGCGAAAAGCAAGAGAGCAGCAAAAUUCAAAUAGAAACUCAGAGGAAGAGGAAUCUAACAGGCAAGGACAGGAAUCAUCGGCCCCGAUAAAGAGCAACGAGGAAGUACCCCAAAGAAACUCAGAGCGGGACACAAAUAGGGAAGAAAUUGAGAGAAUUAAGCAGGCUAGGCGCAAAGCAAGAGAGCAGCAAAAUUCAAAUAGAAACCUAGAGGAAGAAGAAUCUAACAGGCAAGGACAGGAUUCACCUCCAAAUCAAAAUAAGCCAAAGACAAAAGAGGAAGAGGAAGAGGAAAAGCUCAAAAUACAACAACAGAAGGAAGAAAAUUUAAAAAGACAACACGAGGAAGAGGAAAAGCUGAAAAAACAGCGACUGGAAGAAGAAGAAGCUGAGAGGCAAAGACAAGCUUCUCAAAACGAAAGUGACAGGAGAAAACAUCUUGAGUUGGAAAACAAAAUAAAGGAAGAAAAAGAGAGGAAAAGAAAAGAAGAGGAGGAAAGGAAGAAAACAGAACAAGUUGAAGCCGAGAAGAAAAGACUUGAAGCGUUGAAAAAUGAACAGGAGAGGGCAAGACAGCAACAGGAAGCUGAGAGGAACAAACAAAGUAAUGUUCACCAGAGCUCAGAAAUUCCAAAUGACGAAUCUGUUCAUAACGAAAGCCAGAAAUCUGGUGCCGAGCCACAUUCCGAACCCCACAAGGAAGGAGAUAAUGGGGAAACUCCUUCGAACCCGUCAACCCCCAAAGGGAAUGAAGAGGACCCAGCUCUGGAAGAAAAGCUCCGAGAGGCGAACAAGAAGUUCGCAAACGACCAGCCAAAGAAGGGGUUCUUUCAUCCAAUAGUAUCCAUGUUUAAAAGCAUGGUGAGAAGAAUCAAGAUUAGUUGGAAUAAGUUGUGGAACUUUUUGGUCAAGCGAAGAAAAAGUUCGGUCCAUCCGCCAGAGGGUGAAGCAGGCGCACUUUUAGCCAAGGAUGUUCCCUUCAACCCCUCGGAUGAGCCUCCUAAUACCAAAGUGGCGAGAGAGGCUGCUCAAAAAGGUGAACUGGCUCCUCCACCGGCCCCUCCUGCUGAAAAGCAGAAGGAACCGUUUCAUACCAUCCCAGAUCGUACCGCGGAGUCCAAAUAAGUUAUGCACCCCCAGAGUUUUCACUGCUGCAUCAUCAAGGCAUAUGUGGCCUUGAUGCUUACUGGAAAUUGAAACUCGUCGAUCUCUCGUGUGCAGUAGCAACAUUAUCUUUUCAUUCAUUCAAAUUGGCAGUAGUCGUUUUCAUUUUUAUUGUUCCCUUGUUUGUUUUGGGGUCAUGUUGCAAGUCAAUUUUCAAUGGGCAUUUCAAAGACCCUACUAUUUCUAUGACCACCAUUUCACUUUUAUUUGAUUUUAUUGGCUCUCGCUUUUGCAAACUCUCUGUCUUUGGCUUCUAAUGAUAUCUGGUCUCUCGUAUUUUUUGUUUACUUCUCUAUCAUUCUGCAUAAAAAUUGGGUUUUGUGAUUUCCCAUAUACAUCUAUAGGCAUUAUCAUCGCUA